GAUUCAUAUUAUAUAAUAUCUGUCAAAAUUGAAAACUAGGGACACACAAUUUAUGGUGUCAAAAUUGAAAAAAAAAAAUAUUGGUGGCAUGACAUAAAAUACUAGCCUGGGUAUGUGUAUAUAAAUUGUGUGUGUGCUCAGAUUUUAAAUAAAAUAAUUUGUUCUACAUAGGCUGCUAAAGUGAAGAAAAUACACCAAAGUUCAACAUGAAACUUAAGGCAUGAAACAACUAACAAGUAAGGAAUAAGUCAACCGUUAAAGAAGCAACCUCUCUACUUCGUUUCAUUUGAAAAAAAAAAUCAAUAAUAUCAAGCAACAUUCAAAUUAAACCGUUGUCUCCCCCCUCUCCGUAUGUUAUAUAUAUAUAUAUAUAUAUAUAUAUAUAUAUAUAUAGAUAUGUAUAUGUUGUUCCAUCAUAGCUAUAUUCUAUCAUUUCCAUAAUUUUCCUCUUAACUCAAAAUAUCUAUUAGCUAACUCAACGUUCCUAUAACCAACCACCAACCCAACCAUUCUAUUUAGAUUUAUUAUUCCACGUUUCUACAUAUCUGAGCCACAAGACCGAGGUUUUAUAUCAUCAUGAGGAUCAUGUGGAAGUUCAUUAUGGUGAUGUGUUUUAUUGCUUUAUUCGGAUCAAGAGGAAGCUCUGCGGCGAGGCUGGCGAUAUGGAUGAUGGAUAAAGAAGAUGUAGGAAGAGGGUUUGCUUUGCAAAACAAGCUCCAACGAGGUCCAGUUCCUCCUUCACAACCUUCCCAAUGCCACCACAGACUCAGCCCUCUUUCUCGUUCGGAGGUUUAUUAUCCACAAUAUGUUACAUGUCCUUGACCAUCCCUCUUUCAUUAACCAUGAUCAGCCAAAUUUUUAUUCUUUCUAUCUUUCGUUUGUAUCCGUAUAAAUUUGAUCCGACUCUUUCAAAAUCGAAAGAGUCGAAUAUAAAAUAUGUUUUGGACAUAGAUUGAUCAAUUUUGUGUUGUAGAAUUAUCGACUUGAUAUCAUUGAUGACUAACUAAUUAAUAGAGAUGCAAUCUAAAAUGUAAUCUCUGUUUUGGACUCAUACGAUAACGUGGCAUUGAAAAUGAAAGAAUUCAACAUUAGAAACUUUUAAAUGGUCAUUGUGAGGAUACAUAUAUAUAUAUAUAUAAUGUUCAUGCGCUUGGAGACUAUAGAUAUUUGGUCGUUAUAUGACACUAUGUGCGUCAGAAACUCAGAAUAUUCUACCGUUAAUGAUGAAAGUAUAAUUGACGUAAAAAUCUAAUGUGAUGAAAUUGCAAAAAGAAUAGUCUAUCCAUGUUGCUAAUCUAAUCAUCUCAUUGUAUUCUUGUUUAUUGCGUCAGUCUAAUCAUUAUUUUUCAUUGAUUAUUAUAUAUAAUGGAAAUUUUUAAUGUUUUCAUUUUUAAUUUGGCAACGGACUUUUGUUAUACACAUCAACCAUAAAUAUUAGUAUCAACAAAGUGUGAAAACGUACGUAUGACUUCCAAAUAGGUGUGAAAAAGUACGUUAGAAAGCAUACGUAUGUUGCAUGCACGUUACGAAACUCCGUUAAAAUGACGACUUAUCGUGUCUCAUCUAUAUGUACCCUGUAAACUUUCCUUCAAUUUUUUUUAGCAAAAAAAAAACUUUCCUUAAAAUAUGAGUGUUUUGCUGAAAUGAUACAUCACUCUCACCUUACCGCAACACCAAGAACUUAUUUUUCAGCAUGAAAAAUAAAACAAAAACAGUGGGAAAGUAAUAAAAAGAAGCGGGUGAAAUUCAAAGGUAACUAGGUAAGGUGUUUGACUAAUUGAGUACUGCCUUAGUUAUUGUUGGUUAAACACUUGCUUUGUUUGGCGACUGCAUUAUUAUUAUUAUUAUCGUGUAUACACACAUAAAAACUGACAAUGUUAACAAUGUCUAGGUGCAACAAUUAUACCCAAAUCAUGAGUACUUUAAAGACCAAAACUAUCCAGGUACUCAAGUAUCAGGGAGUUUUAACCAAACCAUUUAGUCUACGGUAAAAUCAUCCUACACACUACAUGCAAAAUGAGUACAAUAUUCCCGCGCGAAGCGCAUACUGACUAUCAGGAUGAAAUCAGGGCUGUGUCUGAAUAUUGUGGGCCCUUAAACAAAAAAAAAAUUUGGCCACAAAGUAUUAAUUUCAGGAAAAAUGUUGAAAAUUCUACAGCUGGGUUUUGAACCCGCGACCCUAGAGUAAUAACGACGACGGUUACCAACUGUGCUAUAGGAGUAAUAACGACGACGGUUACCAACUGUGCUAUAGGCGACCUAUGCAACAAAAUUGGCCCCUAAUGUAAGCAAGAACAUUUUGUCUCGUGAAAUAGAGAACCGAGGAAGAACAGCGGAGAGGUUAAUGGGCCGAGAACAAGCUUAUGAUAUGGGCCAUGAAGAAGGUGUAAGUCGAGGCCCAGUGAUGGAGGCGCCAAAAGGGAGAAACGCCACAAAUCAUUUGAAUUGUAGACAGAGUAGUACAGAGAAGAUGAGGUCAUCUCCAGCCUGUGAAGUGGUCCUGAAGAAUCAGUUCUCUCCUCUCAUACAUUGCAUCUAAGGGCUGUCAUUGUGACACUUGUAAUGAGAUUAGAUGAGAGACCUAGGGUUUUACCUUUCCAUGAUACUAUAAAUUGUAUAGGAUGAACCUUUGUAUGAAGUUAAACAAGAUAAUAUAAGAAGUUUCAGAUCUUGUCUCUAAUCUUUCACAUGGUAUCAGAGCUUAAAGAUAGAUAACAAGGACUUUUGGAUGCCUGGAGAAACCAGCACAUCGUCGAGUUGAGCAGACAAUUCUCCAUGAAGGAUUUGGGUGAGAUUCAUUACUUCCUUGGCAUCCAAGCUCAGUACCAUGAUCAUGGGCUCUUCCUCAGCCAGACGUCUUAUGCGGAAAAAAUCCUGUUUGAAGCUGGCAUGGCCUCUGCUAAUCCGAUGCCAACGCCUCUUCCAACUCGCUUGGACGCGAUCUACAAAGACACAACCUUGUUUCCGGAGCCGACUUACUUCCGGAGCAUCGCCGGUAAGCUCCAACACCGGACGUUAACUCGCCCUGGCCUACAGUUUGCGGUUAAUCUUGUCUGUCAGCGGAUGCACUCGCCCACCAUGACUGACUUUGUGAUGCUGAAGCGGAUCUUGCGUUACAUCAGAGAAACAACAACGUAUGGCCUUCACAUGUUUAACGACAGUUCCUUGACUCUGAAUGCCUUCAGUGACAGUGAUUGGGUGGGGUGUCAUGACACUCGUCGCUCCACCACAGGGUUCUGUGCUCUUCUUGGUAACAAUGUGGUCUCGUGGUGUGCCAAGCGCCAACCAACAGUCUCCAGAUCCUCAACUGAGGCUGAAUACAGAGCCUUAGCUCAGACGGCAUGUGAAUUGAUGUGGUUAAACUAUGUUCUUCGAGAUCUUCGCAUUCCUUAAACUGGCCCGGCUCAGCUCCGCUGUGAUAAUCUCUCUGCUGUGCACUUAACUGCAAAUCCAGGGUUUCACGGUCGCACAAAACACAUGGAAGUCGACUAUCAUUACAUACGAGAACGGGUGGCUCUUGGUCUAGUUGAGGUCACUCACAUACCUUCUCAACAACAGCUUGCAGACAUCUUCACGAAACCUCUGGCUCGUCAGCCCUUUGUGUUUCUUCGUGACAAACUCGGAGUUGGACCUCUACAACUUCCGAGUUUGCGUGGGACUGUAAGCAAGAACACUCUGUCUCGUGAAACAGAGAACCGAGGAGGAACAGAGGAGAGGUUAAUGGGCCGAGCACAAGCUUAUGAUAUGGGCCAUGAAGAAGGUGUAAGUCGAGGCCCAGUGAUGGAGACGCCAAAAGAGAGAAACGCCACAA